CUCUCCAAUCCACAUUUUACUUGAAUUAGAGUACGCUAGCUCUAUAAAUAACAUCAGGCUUUUGCAUUAAAUUUGCCAACUCUUGCCUUAAUGCUUUGAUCCUCCAGUUUAUUAAUUUACUCCUUUCUCUGUUCCUCAUCUUACCUAAAGGUAACUUAAAAUGCCAUCUGCAAGUCUUGAUCCAACUGAGGAAGAAAGGGAACCAUUUGCUGAGGUUGAUCCAUCAGGGAGAUUUGGCCGAUACGCCGAGCUACUAGGCCAUGGUGCUGUCAAGAAGGUAUACAGGGCAUUUGACCUAGAAGAAGGCAGAGAUGUAGCCUGGAAUCAGAUCAAAUUAAGCAAAUUUAGCGAGACACCUUACAUCAUUAAGAAAAUCCAUUCGGAGAUAGCGCUGUUGAAGAACUUGAAGAAUGACAACAUCAUAGUACUGUACCAUUUCUGGAAAGACAAAGAACAUAACAUCCUCAAUUUCAUUACUGAGGAAUGUGCCUCUGGUAAUUUGAGGGACUAUAGGAAAAAGCAUUGUCACGUUUCGAUGAAAGCAUUGAAGAAGUGGUCUAGGCAAAUACUUGAGGGCUUGGAUUAUCUACACGGUCAUGACCCGUGUGUCAUUCAUAGAGACCUCAAUUGCAGCAACAUCUUUAUCAAUGGGAAUGUUGGAAAGGUAAAGAUUGGUGAUCUUGGAUUGGCUACAAUUGUGGGGAAGAGUCAUGCAGCACAUACAUUGCUAGGGACACCAGAGUAUAUGGCACCAGAGCUAUAUGAGGAGAACUACACAGAGUUGGUGGAUAUUUACUCGUUUGGAAUGUGUUUGCUAGAAAUGGCCACUAUGGAAAUACCAUAUAGUGAAUGUGACAGUGUAGUGAAGGUAUACAGGAAGGUGACAUCUGGAAUAAUGCCUCAAGCUUUCAAAAAAGUGAGUGAUCAAGAGUUGAAGGCAUUUAUUGAAAGGUGCAUUGGGAAACCAAGAGCAAGACCUUCUGCUGCUGACUUGCUCAAGGAUCCAUUCCUUUCUGUUGUUUAAUAUGAGAAUGAUCUCAAUUGUUGAUCUCCUUUGUU